GACCUAUGAACCAAGGGAAAUAACUACUAAAUACUUGACAACAGUGCAUCAAGGGAACGAAAAAAUGACAACAAAAAUGGGUCGUAUACGACGUUUUGUGAUGCGGAAAAGACGUUGCAUUAUGUUUUUAAUAUUUGCUUGUCUGGUUAUAAUGGUUACAUCUUGGAUAUCAUUAAUUCCAAGUAAAAGCCCAACUCCUGUUUAUAUCUUAGAAAAAUUGACCAUGAAACCUGUAGAACCAAAAUUUAAUGUUUUGGAAGCACCUUCUAUGUUUAAAAAAGAAGUGAACAAAAUUGGACAACCAGGAAAUGCAUCUCUUGUGGUUAUCAAGCCAGAGACAUCACUUACAGAAAAAAAAGUGGAUAUUUCAAGUACAGCCACUAUCACUGUUAGAAGCUUAAAUUUAACAAAUGUGCUCCAAAAAGCUGACAAUAACAGUAGUGAGGAUAUUGAAGCAGUAAAAAAUAAAACAAUUUCUCAAUUAGGAGUUAUGGGUGGGAAAGAAAGUGAAAAUAUACUUCAAAAGAUAGUUUUUACAAAGCUCAAAUGGGAUUUAACAGUUUCCUUUGAAGAUAUUGGAAAUAUAAUGAAGGAUACCAGCUUUUUGAACAAAUUAAAGCCAUUAAAUUUGAGUGGCCCAAUGCUGACCAGCACCAGAAACAGGACAUCAAACUUCAGCUUAUCCAUGCCUAUAAAGAUGGGCUACUGUGACUGCUGGGAACGAUAUUGCUUUUGCUGUGUUCAGCUUGUGAAUGAGAAAUUGCAUCUCAACAAUAAGACAUGUGCUAAUUUCACCUUUUUAUCAAAAACCCAUGAACUAGAUAUCAGUUUUAGCAUAGACAACAAGCAAGUUUACAGUGGCACAAUAUCAGCUGAUGCACCUCCUCUUUUGUGCAUGGGUUCCAUUCCUGCAGUCGCCGACUUGUGUCUUCACUUUUUUAACAUGAUCUAUCGCGUGGAUAGGCUGGGUCUGCACAAAAGUCAGAUUUUAGGCUGCACUGAUAUCAGCCUCAACAUUUUCAACAAGACUAUCAGUGUUUUUCCUGUUGAUUGUUUCCAAAUUCCUGGAGAUCCCAAUCAUCACCAUGAAAAAGAUAAUUUAAUACUACCAAAUUUUGUUCCUUGAAAAGUAUUACAAGUUUUAACAAAUUUCUUGUUUAAUUUAUUUGAAGGCUUUGUAUUAAAAAACAAAACAAACUAUAAUUUGUUAUAAAGUGGAUCAAAAAUGUUUUUGUGCCAUGAUACUCUAGAGAUGCAUUUACUUUUGUUAAAUGCACUAUAAAUAUCUGAUAUUAUAAUGCAUUAAUGCUUAAAUAAAGUAUUGAACAUACAUUUUUAUUUUAAUAAUCUAAAAUUAUUCAAAAUAAUUUCAAAUAAAUUAGAAAAAAAUUAGAUUAAAUGAAUUAUAAUUCUUCUCAAGUAAAACUCCAGUUAAUCAAAAUUUCAGCUAAUUUUGUUGUUGAAAACAGAAAGGUGUUGUUCAGUAUAUUUUACAAUAUUUUUUUUUUAUUAUUUAAUACUGAAGGUGAUACAAAGAUUAAGAACAAACAUUUGAAAACAAUGUUUAUUAAAAAUUCAAAAUGUAAAUAUUUAUGUAGCCUAACACAUGAGAAAGUAUUUUAUUUAAAAUUACUUUAGCAUUUUAUUUUUAUUUAACAUUUCUGACUUCCUGAGAGUGUGCUUUGUUUUGAUGUUUUAUUCCUUUUUCUCAUUUUUUGAUCAGGGGUUGUCUGAUCCAAUGAGAAUUUAUUUCUAGGGAUUUUGGCUUCAUUUUCAGGUUUUAUCUUACAAUUUAUAUGUCAGAGGCUGCCAUUUAUUUCAUAUUUUUGUUCUUUUCAUUCUGAUCAUGUGUUACUUAAUGGGUUAUGUAAUAAUUUGUGGCUGACAACAAGGGGCCUGAGUUUUCAAGUUUUGUUUUAGCAUUUUGAAAAAUGUCCACAAUACAGUUCAACUAUUUUUCAUGAUUAAUAUUUAAGUUUUAGUUUUCAAAAUCAAAUUUUGAAAUAUCCAAAAGUUAAGAAUAUUCCAGUUAAUAUUCUGGGUCAUGACUGAAUAGAGUACAAAUGCAGUAUUGUGUUUCUUUCAGACAUUUAUCUCAGGUAUAUAAAUUCUAUUUUUGUAGCAGGGGGGGGGUAGACAUGCCUCCCUCCCACCUCGAAUAAUUUUAUUUUUGAUUCCAUAUCAGAAGAAUGUAUGUGGAAUUUUAGCAUUCUAGCUUUUACUACAUUAGACAUUUUACUACUGUGCUCUAUGAGCUUGCCUAUGACAAUAAAAAUAAUUGAUUUCACAAUAUGUGGACAUACUGCAUUUGUUUUCUAUACAAUCUUUACUAUAGCACUAUAGUCUUAAGCAUGUUAUGUUGUAAGGAUAGUCAGUACUUGUGUACAUUUCAGCACUCAAAUUAGAAAGGAAACAAAUAUUGUCCACAAUUUUGGUAUGUUUUUAUAACAGUGCUUAAGGUUUGGGUGUUGUGGGUUUUUGUCAAAGUGAAUGUAAUUAAGUCUGCAGAGUACAGUGUACUUAAAUGCUAGGCACUUCUGGCCUUGAUAAUGGAGUUGGGGAAGAAGUUGUGGUGGUCCUAAAGUGUCACACUGUAACAGAUAAACUUAUUUACAUUGUCUUUCAGAAAACCCCAAAUAAUUACAAAUAUCAACAUUUAUAUUGAAAUAUAAAACAUUGGAAUAUGAAACACAGAAAUAUGUUUAAUAGCCUGGCAGCCAACUCUCCUUUUAUUUCCAAACUUAUUUAGAUCUUACGUUUUUUAUUUGGUGCUGUCUACUGUAAUUUAAUUCUUUUUAAAAUGAAACAAAAACCCCUCUUGUGAUAUGUUAACGAGGGAGGGGU